AGAGAGCGAGAGAGAGAGAGAGAGAGGGAGCUGAUUAGAUUGGAGAGAGCCAAGGAGGUAUGGCUGUACUAUUGAGCAGAGGGGGGGAGCGUGACUGAGUGAACGCCGAAUCACAGCAAAAGUCCACAGGCAGGCGGACGGACUGGACCUAAAUCAACAAAUGGAGACAGAAGAACUGGAUGGACGCUGCGUGUGAAGGAGGAAGUGUUUUCCCCCGAUGUGUGUGUAUCUCUGCAUCAGCGCUGCGAGGAGCCCAGGGGGAGGCAGGGGAAGAAAGCGGACAACUCAUUCCUCUCUCCUGGAAGCAGAGCUGUGAGCCGCAACAGAGUCAAACCGGGAGGAUUUUCCAUAUAAUCUCAUGCCGGUGUGUGUGUGUGAGUGUGAGUCGGCGUGUGGACGCUGAUAAUAGCAGCUCCAUUGGUAUUCAGCGGAGGGAGCUCCAGGAUCUCGCUGCGCCUUUUCCCCAGGAUGGGAUCACAGAGCAGGGAUUGUGCUUGCCCGAGGAGAGCCCGCUGAAAUGGACCCAAAGCCUCAGAGCAAUGGACACCAAACGGGCAUCAUGGAAACCAACGCGUUCCCUUCCACGGCUAGAUUUCCACACCUAACCGCCUCCGCCAUCUGCAGCCAUCCGCUCCGGCCAGCGCUGAGCCCGCGGAGUUGAGUUUGGGGGGAGUCGCCGGGAGCUGUCUGCAGAAAACGGAGAUAAGAAGGCCUCAGAGGGGUCGACGUGCCACCAAGCAGUCCAUGCGUCGAGCAAUUAAGCCGCUUGAACUUCGUUCGAAAUGAAAUAUGAUGCAGUGAUGCUUGAGCGGCGGCGCGACGCUUUGGGACGUGUACGGAUUUAUCGGCUGGAUAUUUUGUUGAGAUUACGACACUUUGGGGCGCACUUCUGAGCUGAGGCACUUUUUCCACCAUGAGUUUGUGGGCAAAGGCGAGUAAUUGAAAAUCACCCCCCGGGAGGCUGUGUUUUUUUAAAAAUUUUAUUUAUUGUUUUUUUUUUAUUUCCAAGGAGCAGCUUCUGUAUUUUCCCCUCAAGUUUCCUGUUCUUUCUCUCACAUUGCAGAGAAAUACAUUAUGAAGCAGCACCAUUCUUCUUCAUCCUCCCUCAGUGACGGAGAGGGAAGAGGGACAGACUGUCCAGAAUAGAUAACGAGUAACGAAACAGCCAAUGAGCAAGGGAGGAGGGGGGGAAAAAAGCAGAAAACAGGGGGACAGGUGGAGAAAAUAACAGACGAAAGGAGGCAGACAGAAUCGAGAAAAACAGAUUUAACUAGGAUUGACCACAGUCCUUUUUUUGGACCUUCUAUAAUUCGCCUGGGCUGUGUUGGAGGGUAGCUAAUGCCAUGGCCAGGGGAGGGUUCAGGAUUUCAGCCGCAGGGGGGUCUUGAGCAGAAGGCGAGGUCUGUGUCUGGUCUGAACCUGCCGGCUCUGCAUGUCGGGUGUUUGAACUAAACCAUGGCCCGGUAAACAGACACCUGUACGGACUGACAGAGCAGCUCUGAGACAGAAAGGAAGACAGCUACACAGCCUGAGUGUCAGGCAAAAAAAAAAAAAAAAAAAAAAGGCAGCAGACAUCCAGAGCUGGCAGAGCCGACGUUCUGCAUUUCAUUGUCAUUCCACUCAGUGUUUUCAGAGAAGGUAAGAGGAAGAGAAGAGGAGCGUUCCUGUGUUUGUGGCUCCUUCAGCAUUCAUCUAAGUCAGUAGUCGCACCGAAAGGAAAAACAAACAAACCAAUAUACAGCAAAAGGGGGGGUUGUUACUAAAUAGGAAAUUCAGGUUGGAAAGAGAGAGGGUGGGAGGAAACGGAGAGAGAGAGAGAGAGAGCAGGUGUCAGAAAUCCUCCCCUUCAUCUGCUUGUCAUUUACUCCUUUAUGCUCGCUCGUCGUUUGGCUCAGCGAUUGAUUUUCUGAUGCAGGCGUUGCUUCUCCUAUAAGCCCUCUGCAGUCCCUGGGUAAAAGCAAGACUGAGGAGAGCAGAAAAAGACCACAAACAAAAACAAAAAAAAAAGAAAAAAGGAAAAAGAUGGAGCCCUUCUCAUUGACUGACUUUUCACCCCCUCCUUUUCCCAUUUGUCGAAAUGGCCUCUUGUUAUUUUUCCUCUAAGUAAAGGGAAAGAAGAAAAACAGCCACCCGAUCAAUCCCUCAUUCUGUUUGUACAGAAGAACUGAACCUCCCCUUUCAUCAGCUGUUCCUCUACAUGGAUUAUUUUUCUCUGUGUUUUAAACACCGGAUUGCUCCAAUAUACGUCCUCCCCACAAACGAUACAGGGAAAACUACUGUAACUCCCCCCCCCCCCCUUCCCCGCCAGCAUCCAUCCCCGUCACCCCUCGGCCGAGGUGCAGGAACUCUGUGGUCUCGGAUCCCAGUGCCCUUGUUGACUCACCACUACGGCUAUAAUAUGGCACAGCCCCUCUGAUACUGUCUGAUUCAUUCUGUGUUGGUAAAGGCAGCCAGCAGACCGUUCUCCAUGAGAAGCAGUAGAAGAUGCCGGCUCUGCCAGCACUGCUGCUGUCAAUACGCUUCCUCUCCUUCCUGCUAGUCACGAUGCCACCACUCUCCCUCUGUCAGGCCCCUCUACUUUCCUCCGUCCGCAUGGCUGCCAUUCUGGAUGACCAGUCUGUGUGUGGGCGCGGGGAGCGGCUGGCGCUGGCCCUGGCCAGGGAGAACAUCAACAGCGUGAUAGAGGGUCCAGUGCGAGCCCGAGUGGAGGUGGACAUAUAUGAGCUGCAAAAAGACUCCCAGUAUGACACCACCGACACCAUGUGCCAGAUUCUACCCAAAGGUGUCGUCUCUGUGAUCGGUCCAGCCUCCAGCCCCGCCUCCGGCUCCACUGUCAGUCAUAUAUGUGGAGAGAAAGAGAUCCCUCAUGUAAAAAUUGGUCCAGAGGAAACUCCCCGCCUGCCCUACCUGCGCUUUGCCUCAGUUACUCUGUACCCCAGCAAUGAGGACCUGAGCCUGGCCAUAGGCUCCAUCUUACGCUCGUUCAGCUACCCCUCUGCCAGCUUGGUCUGCGCGAAGGCUGAAUGUCUGCUGAGACUGGAGGAACUAGUCCGCCGCUUCCUCAUCUCACGGGAGACACUGUCUGUCAGGAUGCUGGACGACAACCUGGACCCCACUCCCCUCCUAAAGGAGAUCCGUGACGACAAAGUAGCCACCAUCAUCAUUGACGCCAAUGCUUCUGUCUCUUAUCUCAUCCUCAAGAAGGCGUCAGAGCUGGGGAUGACAUCAGCGUUUUAUAAGUACAUCCUCACCACCAUGGACUUUCCGCUCCUGAGACUGGACGACAUAGUGGACGAGCAGUCCAACAUUGUGGGGUUCUCCAUGUUCAACACCACACAUCCCUUCUAUUUGGAGUUCAUCAGGAGCCUGAACCUUUCAUGGAGGGAGGGCUGCGAUUUGACGUACCCUGGCCCUGCGCUCUCUUCAGCGCUGAUGUUUGAUGCCGUGCAUGUGGUUGUGGGGGCGGUGAGGGAAUUGAACCGCAGUCAGGAAAUUGGAGUAAAGCCCCUGAGCUGCACCUCGCCUCAGAUCUGGCAACACGGGACCAGCCUGAUGAAUUAUCUGCGCAUGGUGGAGUACGACGGCCUGACGGGGCGAGUGGAGUUCAACAGCAAAGGUCAGAGAACCAACUACACCCUGCGGAUCCUGGAGAAACACAGAGGAGGCCACAGAGAGAUUGGUAUCUGGUACUCCAACAACACUUUGGCAAUGAACUCCACCAGUCUGGACAUUAAUGUCUCUGAGACGCUGGCGAACAAGACCCUCAUUGUCACCACCAUUCUGGAGAACCCAUAUGUGAUGCGCAAGGACAAUUACCAGGAUUUCGAGGGCAACGACCAGUACGAGGGUUUCUGUGUUGACAUGCUGAGGGAGCUGGCAGACAUCUUGAAAUUCUCCUUCAAGAUCAAGCUGGUGGAUGAUGGGCUAUAUGGGGCCCCUGAGCCCAACGGCUCUUGGACCGGCAUGGUCGGAGAGCUGAUCAACAGGAAAGCGGACCUGGCCGUAGCGGGCUUCACCAUCACAUCAGAGAGAGAGAAAGUUAUUGACUUCUCUAAGCCGUUCAUGACCCUUGGGAUCAGCAUCUUGUACCGAGUUCAAUUGGGUCGGAAGCCAGGUUACUUCUCCUUCCUGGAUCCUUUCUCUCCUGCUGUCUGGCUCUUCAUGUUACUCGCCUACCUGGCUGUCAGCUGCGUGCUCUUCCUGGCAGCAAGGUUAAGCCCCUAUGAGUGGUACAACCCUCACCCAUGUCUGCGGGAGCGCAGGGACCUGCUGGAGAACCAGUACACCCUGGGAAACAGCCUGUGGUUCCCCAUCGGCGGCUUCAUGCAGCAGGGAUCAGAGAUCAUGCCCAGGGCCUUGUCCACCAGAUGUGUCAGUGGUGUGUGGUGGGCGUUCACCCUGAUUAUCAUCUCCUCCUACACGGCCAAUUUAGCAGCUUUCCUGACGGUUCAGAGGAUGGAGGUCCCCAUCGAGUCUCCAGAUGAUUUGGCUGACCAGACCAACAUUGAGUAUGGCACCAUUCACGGAGGGAGCAGCAUGACUUUCUUCAUGAACUCGCGGUACCAGACGUACCAGCGGAUGUGGAACUACAUGAACUCCAAAUUGCCCAGCGUAUUUGUGAAAAGCACAGAGGAGGGCAUCGCCCGUGUACUCAACUCCAAGUACGCCUUCCUGCUGGAGAGCACUAUGAACGAGUACCACCGCGGCCUCAACUGUAACCUCACACAGAUUGGAGGACUGCUGGACACCAAGGGCUAUGGCAUCGGCAUGCCGCUGGGAUCUCCGUUCAGAGAAGAGAUCACGCAGGCCAUCCUCCAGCUGCAUGAGAAUAACAGGCUGGAGAUCCUGAAGAGGAGGUGGUGGGAGGGAGGCCAGUGUCCCAAAGAGGAGGACCACCGUGCCAAGGGUCUGGGCAUGGAGAACAUUGGGGGCAUCUUCGUGGUGCUGAUCUGCGGCCUCAUCAUCGCCGUGUUUGUGGCCAUUAUGGAGUUUGUGUGGUCCACGCGGCGCUCGGCAGAGACUGAUGAGGUAUGCCCCCAUACCUGCCCUCGCCGACCCCGCAGACACACCCCAGUGUCUGUUUGUCAAGAGAUGAUCACAGAGUUCAGAAACGCCGUCUCUUGUAAGAAGAGCUCGCGGAUGCGGCGCAGACGAACCCUGAGCAGUUCGGCAGCCUUACGACACCCCACCCGCAUCGCUCUUGGAGCCCCCCGACCACUGCGCCUGGUCCGGGAGAUGCGGCUGAGCAACGGAAAGCUGUACAGUGGAGCUGGCCCUCUGACUGGCGGAGCGGGAGGGACGGGACUGCCCGAUCUGGGCCCUGGGCCCCAAAGGAUCCUAGAUGAUCCUCUUGGAGCAAACACAACCCCACCUCCACCGGCCCCCACGCCUGUGAUGCUGCCCGCCCGCAGCUGCAGUCACGUGAGGAUCUGCCAGGAGUGCAGAAGGAUCCAGAGCCUGAGAUCAGGCAGCAGUUUGGGAUCAACGUCAACAAGAAUACCACCCUCAUCUGCCCCCCUGCCCAGGCUACCUCAACCCCCACCCCUAUCCUCAUCCAACACAGACAGCGAGGGUGGAGGGGGGACCAGUCCGAGGCGGCUUCACCACAGCCCCCCACCUCAGUCACCUUGUCGCAUUCCCCCUCCUCCACAGAGCAGCAACAACACAGACCUGCUGGGAGACCAAGAGGGAGUGUAGGAUUGGUUGGAGGGGCUGUGAGAAACUCAGAGACAUUGGUGAUAAGGUGGAAGAACAAAAACUGUAAAAGUUUCUAAAGUUGACCAUGAGACGUACAAUUACAGAACAGAGUGUGUGAUGGUCUGCUGUUAUUGACUCAGAUGACAAAUCUAAGAGGAACUGUACUUUACUGAAGGAAACUUUCUCUCCACUCACUUCUCCUUCAGUCUAGGCUCUUCUGGUUUUUUAUUUUCCAGAGACGUCACCAGAGGCCAACUUGCCCUUUUGGUAAAACAAGAUCCAAAUUGAAGGACAAACCUUGUUCGUAUAGGCUUAAAAACAGCAACAAAAAAAGACUUCCAGAGAAUUAUUUACUGUUGUUUUUUUUUUCUUUUGUUGUCUUUGUUUUGUUACCAUUGUUCUAAGUGGGAAUAAAUACAGACUAUGUAUAACACUUUGGUGGAUUUUAACAUUCUAAGUAAAUUGACAACAGCUAAUUUUUUUAAAAA